AUGACGUCUAUAAAGCCCUUUCAAGCUACAGACCUGUUUGACAUCAAUCCAGUAAACCUGGAUGUGCUGACUGAGAAUUAUCAGCCUUUUUUCUACCUCCAGUAUUUGGUAGACUGGCCACCUUUAUUCUUCAAAUCUGUCUCUGGCAGUGUCAUUGACAGUUCCAAUGGUUCAAUAUUAAGGAACGACGUCAUGUCUGGUUAUAUGAUGGGUAAGACAGAAGGAAAGGCAAAAGAGUGGCACACGCAUAUCACUGCUGUGACAGUGAAUCCAACCUAUAGAAGACUGGGACUGGCCUCCUUUUUAUGCGAGCAUUUGGACCAAGCUACCGAUCAAGAGCCUUACAAUACCUACUUUGUCGACCUUUUCGUCCGAGUAACCAACAAAUUGGCCAUAUCAAUGUAUCAUAAGCUAGGCUAUUCGGUGUACAGGAGAGUGGUAGGCUAUUACGGUGACGGUAGUAACGAGAAUAGGAACAAACUCGAUGACAAUCAUGAUGCAUUUGAUAUGAGAAAAAGUCAGACGAGAGAUGUCAAGAAAGAAACCGUACGAGAAAACGGUGAAAAAGUUAAUGUUUUACCCUAUGAAGUGGUUUUUUAA